AUGGUGAGACCAAGAAGGCCAACUGAUAUACCCGAAGAUGAGUUACCAAGGGAUGAUGGGAACUACGCCAUGGCUAGGGCAUUGAAUAGGAUGACAAAUUUCUCCAGCAGAACUUCCGACCACAGCAGGGUGCCAAAGACCCCUACCUUUACUGGGGAUGAGGAUCCAUUAAAGGCCAGAAGAUGGAUUGAAGACCUUGAGAGGACGUUUGAAGUCUAUGGGUUCAUUGAAUCUCAGAUGGUAUUGUAUGGGAGUUAUAUGCUGCAAGGUGAAGCAGCUAAUUGGUGGCAGACGAAGCGGCAACUCCUAGAAAUGGAGCUGGGAUCUCUUGCUGCGGUGUCUUGGCAGCGUUUUAAAAAGGAAUUUGACGACCGUUUCUUCCCUAUUUCGAUGAGAAGGCAAAAGGCAAGAGAGUUCAAUGAUUUGCUUCAAGGUGAUAUGACGGUUGAACAAUAUGCAAGGAAAUUCAUGGAGCUUGGGCGGUUCGCUCCUCACCUUAUUGCCACCGAAGAGUUGCGGGUUGAGCGUUUUCAGGAGGGUCUGCGCCACGAUAUACGUAGACAAAUGGCUUGUCGUCAGAUUAUGGAAUUUCAGAAGUUGGUGGACUUGGCCAGUAUCGCAGAGCGGGAGAAUAGCUUUGUAGUGAGCUCCCCUCCGAGGCAGAAAAGGCGGAGUUUUGCUGGCGAGGGAAGCAGUUCCGGAUCGCCACAGAAGUUUGUUCAAAGGACAGGGUCCCGUUCACAGACAACCUCUGGUGUCCGUGUAGGAGGCCGGACUCCUGUGUGCCCUAGAUGCAAUAGAGCCCAUGAGGGCGACUGCGGUCAGAGGGGGAUCCAGUGUUUUAAAUGUGGCCAGCCAGGUCACUUUGCUCGUGAGUGUCCCAACCAAAUUCAAGGAGGUCAAGGAGGACGAGGUGGUCGACGUGGUGGGAGGAACAACCAGAGACCACUAGUACAAGCUCGGGUCUAUGCUGUGACCCCAGGUGAUGUGGACUAUGAGGCUCCAGAGACCCACGAUGCAGGAGUGAUUACUGGUAGAGUUCGUAUAUAUGAUUUUAAUACAUGUACCCUAUUUGAUUCGGGGGCGUCCCAAUCUUUUGUGUCCGCUACGUUUGCACGGAUGUGCAACUUAAUCAUAGAACCUCUACCACAAUCCUUGGUGGUGGCUCUUCCCAAUGGCGAGAUUAUGUGUUGCUCCAAAGUUGCUUUAGGCUGUCCUUUAGAUUUUGGAGGGAGGACACUGGAUGCAGAUUUGAUUGUAUUCAAGUUGCUUGGAUUUGACAUAAUUUUGGGUAUGGAUUGGUUGUAUCGAUAUUCUGCAAAUAUUAAUUGUAGAAGUCGGGUAAUUGGUUUUCAUCUCUCGGAUAGAGAUUACUUAGAAUUCGUGGGAAGCAAGUUGAAGGCAAGACCAGCAAUUAUAUCAGCAAUUCAAGCUAGGUGA